AGGGAGGAAGGCUCCAGGGGAGGGGGCCUAAGGAGCUCCGUCCACUUUCAUGAGGGUUUCAAACGGGUCCCACAACUCCUGUGAGAUUCAGAUUGCAGCUACCCGCUUCUUUUCUUGGUUUGGAGACUGCUGUAACGCGAAAAUGUCUGGGCGAGGUAAAGGCGGCAACGGGCUGGGCAAGGGGGGCGCCACGCGCCACCGCAAAGUCCUGCGGGACAACAUUCAGGGCAUCAGACCCGCCAUCCGCCGCCUAGCCCGGCGGGGCGUCAAGCGCAUCUCCGGGCUCAUCUACGAGGAGACCCGGGGGGUGCUCGGGGUCUCUCUGGAGAACGUGAUCGGGGACGCGGUGACUCACACGGAGCGCGCCGAGCGCAGGACGGUCACGGCCACGGGCGUGGUGUACGCCCUGAAGCGGCAAGGGCGCACCCUUUCCAGGGCCUGCAAAAUGUCACGAAGAGAGCGGCCGACGUUCUGUGGCGCGGGACGCGUGUCGGCUGCCGAGCGCGGCCGGAAGGGCGCUGUGGGCGCGGCGUCCCGCACGCCACGAGCAGGCCUGGCGCCCAGGAAGCGCGGGCUCCGAGCUGGGCUUCGGGCGGGGGGCAGGGGACCAGCGCCGCCGCGCGCCGGGGAAGUGCGCCGCAGGACGCCUGCCUUAGGGGGCGUCUCCACCCCGUGA